AACAUCGCCAAGAUUAUCCGCACGUGCAUGCUCCCCUUAAAAUCUGUUCAAAGUCGAUGAAACGUCGAGUUUCCCAGACAGCAUCGGCGGUCCCCUCCAAUCUACAAACUCCUAGGGGCUCAAUUACCGAAUCACCUACUUUGGAAUUGAUACAGCCAGAUACGGAUACUUCAGGAAAUCGCCCAAUUGCCCGGGUAGUGCCUAGUUCAAAAUUUGAUCUGGAUACACCGAAAAACUCUACUACUGAUUCGCCAAGCAUCAUCAAUCCUGAAUCUGGUCCAACCGAAUGCAAGGGAGGAUCAGAUUCAGAAUCAGAAUGUGUGUUAUCUGAUCCGUGCAGUUAUCUCACGCGGGAAGACGACGCCGAAGAAGAGUCGCCUGAAAGAAAAGUUUCAUUUUUGAACAAUGAAAACGCCGACAAGUUCGACUUGGAUGGACUCAAAGACAAGAAAAAACGUCGUCACCAUCAUGGACAUCACGGACACAGAUCGAAAUUUAGAAAAUAUUCACUACCCACGGAUACAAAGCAAUACAGCACUGAGAAUACUGAACUGUUAUUCAGCAAAAGCAGAAGAGUUUCCACGCAACCGGAAGAUCAAGAUCUUACUCCUAAUGACAGAGACCAGCUGGAUAGUCAUAGAUCGGAUGAUCCCAGAGCUCUUAGACGGCAUAAGACCCAUAAGGGCACUAUUAUGCAUGUUGGAAAAGGGUUGGAACUACAUCCCUUUCUUAAAAAAUUGUAUGAUCAUAGCCCUCAUGCGAUCUUUGUCGAACUAGCGGAAUAUUUUGAAGGAGGCGAUGCGAGUGAAUGGAAACAAACCGCUCGUUGGAUCAAGUACGAAGAAGAUGUAGAGGAGGGCGUAGAUCGCUGGGGUAAACCGCACGUGGCCUCUUUGAGUUUUCACUCGUUGCUCAACUUAAGAAGAUGCUUGGAAGAAGGUCUCGUCAUAUUGGAUCUGGAGGAAAAAGAUUUGCCGGGGAUAGCGUACAGAAUAUCGGAAGAUUUGUAUAAGGAGGACCUGAUUAAAGAGGAGGACAAAGCCCGUGUAAUGAGAACGUUGCUCCUACGUCACAGGCACGUUAAUGAUCAUCAAAGUUCGGGAUUCAGAUUCGCUAAUAAGAAACACAGUUACACGUCACUACAGAACUUAUUAGAAGCGGAAAAACGCAAAAUCAGCUUGUCAAUUGACGGCAAUAUAAAAAACGGUGAUCCGUCUCACGAUGCUCUUCUCAUCAAACACCACGAGAACCAUCACACCGUGCUGGACAUGAAAGACGAUCACACGUUUAGCGCCAGCAACGAAGACAUCAGGAAAGGACACCAUGACGCGAUCAUUAAAAGGAUUCCUGCUGGUGCUCAGGGAUCCACCGUUCUAGUCGGGGAGGUGGAUUUUUUGGACCAGCCGGCGAUAGCGUUCAUCAGAUUGGCUGAAGGAAUCGUUGUGCCUUCAUUGAUUGAAGUUGAUAUACCAGUCAGAUUUAUUUUCCUACUCCUCGGUCCUAAACUGCCAAACAUCGAUUAUCACGAAGUCGGUCGAUCCAUAUCAACGUUAUUUUCGAAUCAGCAAUUCCACAAUAUCGCUUAUAAAGCGGACACCAGAAAGGAAUUACUUUCAGCAAUAAACGAGUUCCUAGACGACAGUAUUGUGCUGCCUCCCGGCGAUUGGGAGCGGCAAGCGUUGCUGCCCAUCGAAGAGAUUAAGUCGAAGAGUGACGCCAUCAAGAGGCGGAAGGAGAACGCACUGAGGAAGGCUCAAGAAGCUCAGGGAAUCAUUCCGAAACCUUUGUUAGCUCAAGAUGGCGACGAUAAAAAACCUCCAUACGACGACCCCUUGAGACGAACCCGCAAGCCUUGGGGUGGCCUAAUCAAGGACCUCAAACGUCGAUAUCCUUUCUACAAAAGUGAUAUUACUGACGGUCUCAAUCUACAAUGUGUAGCGGCUGCGAUCUUUAUGUAUUUUGCGGCUGUGUCAGGUGCUAUCGCCUUCGGUGGUCUAACAGGAGACAAAACGGAAAACCUCAUCGGCAUAUCAGAAACUCUCCUUUGCACCAGCAUCAGCGGAAUAAUAUUCGCAAUUUUUGCCGGACAACCAUUGGUCAUCGUCGGUACCACCGGGGCCCUUUUGCUCUUCGACGAAAGUCUGUUCCAGAUCUGCAAAACGAACAACAUAAACUUUUUAUCGACUAGAGUGUACGUGGGUAUAUGGCUGAGUGUGAUUGGAAUAGGAGUAGCAGCUCUGGAAGGUAGCGUUUUGGUGAAACUGUUUACUAGAUUUACGGAAGAUAUUUUUUCAACACUCAUAGUAUUACUGUACAUAUUAGAGAGCGUGGCCAAGGUGUGCUUUUCAUUCGAGAAACAUCCCCUGCUGGCAAAUUACUUCGAGAUUAGUGCUUUUCCGAUGGGAUCUAACGAUACCAUCAUAAUCGACAAUGGCACCGAUACUAAAAAGAUGAAUCUGCACUUUGUUAAAAUGAUUCCAAUGAUGGAUGGUAACGGAAAUUUAAUAAAUCAACCUAAUACGGCUCUGUUCUGUACCAUUCUCACUUUGGGAACUUUUGCCAUAGCUUACUAUUUGAGGAUGUUUAGAAAUAGCCAAUUUUUAGGCAGAAGUGCUAGAAGAGCUCUAGGAGAUUUCGGUGUGCCUAUAGCAAUAGUGAUAAUGGUAACCGUGGAUUAUAUGGUGCCAGAAACGUUCACAGAAAAACUAAAUGUACCUGUUGGAUUGAAACCCUCUAACUCCGAAAAAAGGGGAUGGAUAAUAUCGCCUAAGGGUAUUCCAGUUUGGAUCAUGUUUGCAUCUGUAAUUCCCGCCUUGCUUGUUUACAUUUUACUGUUUAUGGAAACUCAUAUUUCAGAAUUAAUUAUCGGUAAAGCCGAACGCAAACUGAAAAAGGGCAGUGGUUUGCACCUGGACAUCGUUAUAAUUUGCAUCAUCAACGUUCUGUGUGGGUUCUUUGGCUUUCCAUGGAUGUGUGCUGCAGCUGUCAGAUCAAUCGUCCAUACGUCAGCUUUAACGGUGAUGUCUAGAACGCACGCUCCUGGAGAGAAGCCCCACUUGAUAGAAGUCAAAGAACAACGACUGUCUGCAUUCUUUGUUGCCAUUUUUAUAGGCUUGUCCGUUUUCAUGGCACCUCUAUUGAGACUGGUGCCAAUGGCUGUGGUUUUGGGUAUUUUUUUAUACAUGGGUGUGGCCUCUAUUGAUGGUAUACAAUUCUUCGACAGGACCAAGCUACUCUUCAUGCCUGUUAAGCAUCAUCCCCAAGCGUCGUACGUCAGAAAGGUGAAAACUAUGAAAAUGCAUAUGUUCACGUUCGUCCAAUUAAUUUGUCUGGUGAUUUUGUGGAUAAUCAAAUCAACAAAGGCAUCUUUAGCAUUCCCGUUCUUUUUGAUUCUGCUGGUUCCACUGAGAGGGCAAUUACCAAAAUUUUUUUCGCAGAGGGAACUUAGAGCUCUAGAUGGCGACCAAGCGGACGGCGACGAUGAAGAACCCGAUUUCUAUGCAGAAGCGCCACUUCCGGGCUAA